CACAGUCUUUGAUCCAAACAACCCAAACAAACACCAUCAUCAUGUCUCAAGCUUUCGUUCAGCGCCCUGCGCCCGAGUUCACUGCCACUACCCUCUUCCCCGGAGGCGAGUUCAAGGACAUCAAGCUCUCUGACUACCAGGGACAAUGGGUCGUCCUCCUGUUCUACCCCAUGGACUUCACCUUUGUCUGCCCUACCGAGAUCAUCCAGUACAACAACGCCCUCGACCGCUUCAAGGAGAUCAACACCACCGUCUUCGGUGUCUCCACCGACUCCCACUUCACCCAUCUUGCCUGGGUUGAGAAGCCUCGCAAGCAGGGUGGUCUCGGUCCCGACCUGGAGCUCCCCCUCAUCGCCGACAAGUCCACCAAGAUCUCUCGCAACUACGGCGUCCUGAUCGAGGACGAGGGCAUCGCUCUCCGCGGUCUCUUCAUCAUCGACCCCAAGGGUGUCCUCCGCCAGAUCACCGUCAACGACCUUCCCGUCGGCCGCGACGUCGAGGAGACCAUCCGUCUCGUCAAGGCCUUCCAGUUCACCGACGAGUACGGCGAGGUGUGCCCUGCUGGCUGGCAGGAGGGCGGAAAGACCAUGAAGGCCGACCCCAAGGGCAGCCUCGAGUACUUUUCCGCCCAGGGAGAGAAUGGAGCUAAGGCAUAGAUGUUAGAUACCUCCAAUGAAACCCGAAUUCCCAUCAACACCCGCUCUCAGUAGAAAGGGCAAUGUGUACAUACACACCCACAUACGAUAGAGCAUCGACGACCAACACGCGAUUGACGAACAUGUACGAACGGGAGACGAAUACGAAAAAAAAUACCACAAUACAUUACGCUUGUAUAGAGUACAGUGGUCGCCUUGACUGGCACGCGAAGGAAAUAGACCUAGACUAUAGACUAUAGACAUUUGUUGACGACUGUA